AUGUCUAAUGUUUGUGAUGGAUUUAUUCAAAUUUUUGAUAUUGGUGAUAGUUCUUUUAUUGCAUUUGAAGAUUCCGAACAAAUACUUCAAAAAUAUAGAUUAAUUUGUUCAUCGUUUUAUCAUUCAAAGUGUGCAGAAGAUAGCAAUGUUUUGCCCUUUUUGCCGGUUAUUUUGUUUUCAGAACAAGUGCAGGUUUUGGUUGAAAAUGGUAUGAAGGGGGUUUUAAAUAGAAUAAAUUUUUUAAAAUUUGAAGGUUUUGCUCAGAUUUGUCGUGUCAAUAAUUCAAUUGAAGGUAUUGAAUCAUUUUCAGAAAUUAAUGGCAAACUAGAUAAAUCUGAACCGAAAAGAAAAAGAGCUUUAUUUGGGGCAGAUGCACCUUCUAAUCUUCUCAAAAUUCGAAAAAUAGAUCAUUUAAAUGAAAAUAAUAAUAACGAGAAAGCAACUUCUAAUGAAAUUGAGAGCUGUGAAAAUGAAGAAUUACAAUUAAUUAUUAAUGAACUUCGUUUACGAAAUGUGGAGAAAGAGAUGAAUUCAAAAAGAAAUUUAAAUUCUUAUGCUUAUGAAAAACCCCCUGGCGAACAACAUUCUCUUUUUAUGGUUAUUUGUAGUGAUGUAAAUAAAUCAUUAAAUUCAUAUAAUUUAAUUGCUACUUCACGUGUUAGUACACAAGUAAAAAAGAAAAUUCUAUUGGCUGUAGUAAGUCCUGGAACUCUUUUACCCUAUUAUUUAGAAAUGAAUUGGUGGAAAGGAGAUGGAAAUCGUUAA